UCCCUUGGCGGAAGCAGCAGUCUGUUGAUGUGCAGGACGGACGACAGCCAGUUGGUUAUGUCAUCACUUGGAUCAUGGCAUCACUAAUUAGAAAGUCAACCCGAGUACUUACUUCGGCAAGCAGAAUAGUGAGCUGGUCUGUUCGACGUCAACAGAAUUUCCAACAGAAUCCACGGACCCUGUCAGGAUCCAAACUACAAACAGCCACUGAUGGAGAGAUUCUGAAACUCAGUGACAACUGUGUUAAGCAACUGAAGAAGCUGAGUGAGAGCGAGGUGACGUGUUUGCGGGUGAUUGUGGAGGGAGGAGGCUGCUCUGGCUUCCAGUACAAGUUCCAGCUGGACUCCAACAUGGUUGAAGGGGAGGACAGGGUGUUUGAGCGAGAUGGCGUGCGGGUGGUUGUGGAUGAAGAUUCAAUAGAGUACCUGACUGGAUCCACUGUGGACUACCAAGAAGAACUCAUCCGAUCAGCGUUCAGGAUAAUCAACAAUCCUAAGGCUGAGCAGGGCUGCUCAUGUGGGGCUUCCUUUGCCCUCAAGUUGUGAACUGAUGCCAUGUGGAACAGAGACAGACUGAGACAACAGCAGAGAUAUAGUUUGGAUAUAGUUUUCAUCCUGCUUGCUACAGGACUUGUGAAAGCACAUGUUAAGCAAAAUAUGGCUGAUUCCAGUGGAGCAGUGAAUACUGUAUUAUGCCAGAAUUUAGAAAUAUUAAUAAAUAAAUAAAUUGCAAGUGAUUUCAUGGCAUUGGAUUGACUAACCAAGCAAUUUUUCAUGUGUUUGUUCCCAUAAACUGAUUUAUUGGGCCUUGCCCACUAAUGGACUUGGUUUUUGAUUGGUUGAUAAUAGAGUGGGUUGGGCUUGUGUUGUAUUAUCGUGCUGAAUGAUGUCGAUGAUUGUAGUGUAUAUUUUUGUGUGUUUUAAUGAUUAAAAAAGCAGCCUAUGAAGUAA